UAAAAUUCACUCCUCCCCUUCACACAGUCCAAUAUUUCAUUAAAAUUUCAUGAAUAUUCAAUGUAUUAAUAAAAAUAGUAAAUAUUUUAUGUAGUCUGGCAAUCUAGAAUUUGGCCAGUUCAUGACCAUACUCUUUAUUAAUUUUCAUUAUACUACCAGCCACCCAUGUGACAAAAUUGAGAAUAAAAUUGUUUCCAUUACUCUAGUGUCUCCAGUAAUCUAAUUACUAGCUAGUAGUCCUGUUAAAUGUCAAUAUAUUUUCUGUACCUGUGAGUGAUUGAAUUUCCAGCACUAGUGCAGUAGUGCAGUACUCUAGGCUCAAAUUAGGACAUUUAGGUUCUUUCCAUGGUUUAAUCCUUAUUGUGACAGACGGCAGUGUUUAUAACACAAUUAUCAACACAUCGGGUUAACAAAAUGUGGAUAAAAAUGAAAACAUAUUUCAUACAAAAUGAAGAAGAUGUUAGUGAAAUAUUAGUGAAUAAUAUGAAUGAUUUUAACAAUGUGUUUGAGUUAAAUAAAAAAAAUAUAUUAAAAUCUAACAAGAAAAUGAUAUCUGGCAUGGAUUUAAUUUUGCUUAAAGCAAACCUAACUCCAUUAAAAAUUCAAAGAACUAACACUUCAAAAUCUUUAUUAAAAAAGAACAGUAAAAUGUAUUUUGUAAGUUGUAUUAACAUCAAAAAUAAAAAAGGUGAAUAUUUCAGUUCAUUAAUAAAUGAUAUAAGUGAACAUGACAGAAUAAUUAUAAUUGACGGGCUUGUACUUAAACAGUUCAGUAUUUGCAAUUCUAGCAUAUUAACUGUUUUAGUUCGACCACAAGAUAAUUCUUCAAUCGUAUUAUUCAAAUAUAAAACUGCAUUAAAAAAAUCAAAUACACUACUUGAAAAUAAUCUCUCUUUAUUAACUGGUCCUGGGAUUUAUUCACUAUUUGGAAAUGUAAAAAAAAUCGUAAAAUAUGAUGAUGAAGAGUUAAUGUUAUUAAGAUUACAAUGUUGUGAUAAAUCAUGCAUAAAAACUCUCAAAUAUUCUAAUUUUAUUGAUGAAUAUAAAAACAAUGCGAACAAAAAAAUAGCAUCUGAAAUGAAAUAUGAUUUUUUUUCAAAUAAAAUUGAUAUUUUAGUUAAAACUCCAAGUACCGAUUUUAUUUCCUUGUUACUUAAUCAACUAAUAUGUUUAAAAAAUGUAGAAGUGAAAAAUAUAAAUAACUCAGACAUAUUUUCACUACAAAUUAAUGGAAUUAAUCAAAAUAUAAAAGCUGAUCCAAUAGAAACUGGUAUUGUAAAUUCUCUUAGACCUCCUACAAGACAUUUUCCAAUACCAAAUGAAUUGAAACCUGCAACUCGGCCUAAAAUUAAACAAUUAUCUAGUGAUGUCCAAUUGGUUUUAAAAGAUAAAACUCAGGAAUCAAGUAUAAUUAUUUCUCCAACAGAGGAACCAAUAAGUUUUCAACAAAGUCAGCACGAUGAAACAAUAUUUGUGAAUUUAUCUGAUGAUGAUAUUGUCAAUUUGUCACCAUGUCAAGACUUUACAACAUCUACACAGAUUAAUCAGAAGGAUAAUUAUGUUCACAAUAAUGCUAGUUCAUUUGGUCAAAAAAAAUAUGAUGACAACUCAUCAAUUACUCUAUCAAAUAAAGAUACCUCGUUAUCUGAAAGGAAACUAUGUUCACAAAGAGCAAUUUCACCAAGCUCUUCUACAGAUGGCUCAUGUUCACCUAGUUUUUUUAAUGCUGAAUCAGAAUUAUUUAUAUCCAACGAAGAAACUCAAUCAAAUAAUUUAAAAUCUAAUAUUGUAAACCAACCUACACAAUGUAUAGGUCCUUGUAGACUAAUUCAUACUGAACCAAACAUAUUUGUUAGUAAUGAAAUUGUAAGUGGAUAUUGCACAAGAUGUAUAGCAUUUGUUUCAAAAUGUAAUCUGAAAUGGUCAAACCAAUCUUCAAACAUGGAAUACAAGUGUCCUACAUGCUCUAAUAUUGUACAUCUUACAUUUUUUUUUAUGAUGAAUUUUUUGUAUGGAAAUAAUGAAUCCCAAGCUAUACAAGUAUGUUGUUAUAAUAAACAUGCUGAGCAUGUAAUCAAAAAAAUUUCAAAAAAAAAUAUAAAACUAGAAGAAUAUUUAUCAAACCACAGUACUAGAAAACUAGUUAUGAAUUCCAUGAAAUCACUUAUAAGUAAUAAAACAAAAGUUAAUAUAAUUGUUUGUUUCUCACCUAAUGAUAAUGCUAACAUACUUCUAGGAAUAGAUACAAAAUAUGUUGUUACAAGUAAGACACCAUAAACAAUAUUUUUUUUAUCUUAAUUAUUUAUAAUAAUACUGUAAGUAAUACUUAUUUAUAAUAUUUACCAUAUCAU